GGGGCGGGCCGGUGUGUUACCCGGAUGAAGAAGCCCACGUGUGUGCAGCGCUAGGUUUUAGUUGAGCUGUAAGUCACGCUGUAACAGUCCGGCUCUUCUAGCACCUUCUCUACUGCUUCUGCGCUCACAUUCAAGAUGCUGCGCUUGCCUAGUGUGAUGAGACAGAUGAGGCCAGUAUGCAGGGCACUGGCCCCACACCUCACUCGCACCUAUGCCAAGGAUGUAAAGUUCGGAGCAGAUGCCCGGGCCCUCAUGCUCCAGGGUGUGGACCUGCUGGCAGACGCAGUGGCUGUUACCAUGGGACCAAAGGGUCGCACAGUCAUCAUUGAGCAGACCUGGGGCAGCCCAAAGGUCACCAAAGAUGGAGUCACAGUGGCCAAAAGUAUUGACCUGAAGGACAAGUACAAGAAUAUUGGGGCCAAGCUUGUGCAGGAUGUGGCCAACAACACCAACGAGGAGGCUGGCGAUGGCACCACCACAGCCACUGUGCUCGCACGUGCCAUCGCUAAGGAGGGUUUUGACACCAUCAGCAAAGGUGCCAACCCUGUGGAGAUCCGCCGUGGAGUCAUGCUUGCCGUAGAAACGAUCAUCAAUGAGCUUAAGAAGCUGUCCAAGCCAGUCACCACACCUGAGGAGAUUGCCCAGGUGGCCACUAUUUCUGCCAAUGGAGACACGGAGGUUGGCAAAAUCAUCUCCGAUGCCAUGAAGAAAGUAGGACGGAAAGGAGUCAUCACUGUAAAGGAUGGCAAAACAUUGCAUGAUGAGCUGGAGAUCAUUGAAGGCUUGAAGUUUGACCGUGGCUACAUCUCCCCCUACUUCAUCAACACAACAAAAGGUCAGAAGUGUGAGUUCCAGGAUGCCUAUCUGCUCUUGAGUGAGAAGAAGAUAUCCAGUGUCCAGAGCAUUGUGCCUGCCUUGGAGAUUGCCAACCAGCACCGUAAGCCCCUGGUCAUUGUGGCUGAGGAUGUGGAUGGAGAGGCCCUCAGUACUCUAGUCCUCAACAGGUUAAAGGUUGGACUGCAGGUUGUUGCAGUGAAGGCCCCAGGCUUUGGAGACAACAGGAAGAACCAGCUCCAAGAUAUGGCAAUUGCUACUGGAGGCGUUGUGUUUGGCGAUGAGGCUACGGGCCUUGCUGUUGAGGACAUCCAGGCGCAUGACUUUGGCCGUGUUGGCGAAGUGGUGGUGACCAAGGACGACACCAUGCUCCUGAAGGGCCGGGGUGACCCAGCUGCAGUCGAGAAGCGUGUGGCUGAGCUCGCCGAGCAGCUGGAGAACACCACCAGCGACUAUGAGAAGGAGAAGCUCAAUGAGCGUCUGGCCAAGCUCUCCGAUGGAGUGGCUGUGCUGAAGGUUGGUGGCACAAGUGAUGUGGAGGUGAAUGAGAAGAAAGACCGUGUGACAGAUGCACUGAAUGCCACUCGGGCCGCUGUUGAAGAGGGCAUUGUUCCUGGAGGUGGCUGUGCACUCCUGCGCUGCAUCCCUGCUUUGGACACACUCAAACCUGCCAAUGAUGACCAGAAAGUUGGUAUUGACAUCAUCCGCAGAGCCCUGCGCAUCCCUGCCAUGACCAUUGCCAAGAAUGCAGGUGUGGAGGGCUCUCUGGUGGUGGAGAAGAUUCUGCAGAGUGAUGCAGAGGUUGGCUACGAUGCCCUUCAUGGGGAAUAUGUUAACAUGGUGGAGAGAGGCAUCAUUGACCCUACUAAGGUCGUAAGGACCGCACUCCUGGAUGCCGCUGGUGUUGCAUCACUGCUGUCGACUGCUGAGGCUGUUGUCACAGAGUUGCCGAAGGAAGAGAAGGAAAUGCCAGGAGGAAUGGGCGGAAUGGGAGGCAUGGGCGGCGGUAUGGGAUUCUAAACUCCACUACCAAAAGUGCUCUACAGACUUUAAAGGUAGGGGGCUGAGGGGUGGAGGACAUGAUUGGCCCCCUCCCUAGCAGCCUCCUGACCUGCUGACUGACUGCCCAUGAGUGUGACAUGCAGCAAAGUAAUGGAAGACCACCGUCCCCCGUCAUAUGUCCUUCUCAAAAACUAAGUAUGAUCUUGCCUCUCCACUCAAGACUGAAGACCUGACCUGGUCACUCUGAAGACCAAAAUCUAGCUGUUUGAUCUCUCCAUGCUCAGUUUACUUAAUGGUAAAAUGGAAAUUUCAACACUCUUAAAGCAGUGAGGAAAUUUUUAAUCUGCCGUGUUUGUGCACUGAAUGAAUAGUGUUAAGGUUGGAGUGCAUGUUGCUGUUUGUGAAUCUGGUGGGCUACAGUCAACACACUAGGGCUGAAGUCUUUGAAAGGGGGGAAACAAGGAAUUGAGGAACUUUAAGGUAGAUGUCUGCUAAUUCCUUUCUUAUAUUUGUCCGUUCUGUGUUUCUUUUUUUUUGUACAUUUUGUCCACUGUUGUGGAGGAACGCUCAAUCCUCAGUUGAGGCGAAUAAAGCAUCUCACUGAAGAAUAAA